UCAGGAAUUAAAAAACCCGAGUAAUAGAGGGGGAGGUUAGCUGGUCAGCACUUUCAUCGACGAUGUUUCCCAGCAACAACAUCAUCCCAAAUAUAUACUUAUAUCAAAAUCAUAAUCAACUUGAAGAUUUUGGAAACUUUGAAUAUACAUGCUAGUAUUUCUCUGAUCCCACUUUUAUUGUAUUCGGCUCCUUUGUUUCUCUCUGACGGCUGCUUGAUUCAUUGCGCCAUUCGUUCUGCAUAUACACCUGCUUUCUUUUGUAACCCUGACAAAGCAAAUACUGUGUAAUUGCUAACACGCAUUUUGGAUGAGGAAAAGACAGUGAAUGAAGUGUGGUAAUAAUACCAAUCACAUAGGGGAACGACGACUGUUUCAUGGGCAACACAUGCCGCGGAUCUUUCAAAGGGAAUUUGUUUCAGGGCACUCAGCCCGAGGAUCAAUCUACCUCCAAGCGCAAUACAAAUUCCUCUGAUCACUCAAGCUCCGAUCAUUCUCCUUCCGGCCUCACAACUGCCAGCGAUUUCUCCAAAGAUCACUCCAAAAGAGAUAACCAUUUACCUGCCAUUAGCCCCACUAAGAAAGAUACCAUCAUGAGACGGAAUCCUGAUACCCAGGCUUACUAUGUUCUUGGCCAUAAGACAGCCAACAUUCGAGAUCUUUACACAUUAAGUCGUAAACUAGGACAAGGACAGUUUGGUACUACUUACUUGUGCACCGAGAUUGCCACGGGGAUUGAGUUUGCUUGUAAGUCCAUCUCCAAGAGGAAAUUGAUCUCCAGAGAGGAUGUGGAUGAUGUCAGAAGAGAGAUUCAGAUAAUGCACCAUUUGGCGGGUCACAAGAACAUCGUGACAAUUAAAGGUGCAUAUGAAGAUCCCUUGUAUGUGCAUAUUGUGAUGGAGCUUUGUGCUGGGGGUGAAUUGUUUGAUAGGAUUAUCCAGAGGGGUCACUACAGCGAGAGGAAAGCAGCUGAGUUGACAAAGAUCAUUGUUGGAGUCGUUGAGGCUUGUCAUUCCCUUGGGGUUAUGCAUAGGGAUUUGAAGCCAGAGAAUUUCUUAUUGGUUAACAAGGACGAUGAUUUCUCUCUCAAAGCCAUUGAUUUUGGGCUCUCUGUAUUCUUCAAACCAGGUCAAGUUUUCACUGAUGUGGUUGGUAGUCCUUAUUACGUUGCUCCGGAAGUGCUUCUCAAGCAUUAUGGGCGAGAAGCAGAUGUGUGGACAGCCGGAGUGAUUUUGUAUAUAUUGCUUAGUGGUGUACCGCCUUUCUGGGCAGAAACACAACAGGGAAUAUUUGAUGCUGUUUUGAAAGGGCAUAUCGACUUUGAUUCAGACCCAUGGCCCCUUAUAUCUGACAGUGCAAAGGAUCUUAUAAGGAAGAUGCUAUGCUCUCAGCCUUCAGGACGUUUGACUGCUCAUGAAGUGCUAUGUCAUCCUUGGAUUUGUGAAAAUGGAGUUGCUCCUGACAGAGCAAUAGAUCCAGCUGUGCUUUCUCGUCUGAAAACAUUCUCUGCAAUGAACAAAUUAAAGAAGAUGGCUUUGCGGGUAAUAGCGGAAAGCCUUUCUGAGGAAGAGAUUGCUGGAUUGAGAGAAAUGUUUAAGGCGAUGGAUACUGAUAACAGUGGUGCAAUUACAUUCGAUGAACUCAAAGCUGGUUUACGAAGAUAUGGCUCACAAAUGAAUGAUACAGAGAUACGAAACCUUAUGGAUGCGGCUGAUGUGGACAACAGUGGGACCAUAGACUAUGGAGAAUUUAUCGCUGCAACCGUCCAUCUUAACAAACUAGAACGUGAGGAACAUUUAAUGGCAGCAUUUCAAUACUUUGACAAGGAUGGAAGUGGCUAUAUUACAGUUGAUGAGCUUCAGGCGGCAUGUCAGGAGCAUAAUAUGCCCGAUGAACUACUUGAGGAUAUCAUCAGAGAAGUUGAUCAAGAUAAUGAUGGAAGGAUUGAUUAUGGAGAAUUUGUUGCGAUGAUGCAAAAAGGAAAUGCUGGUAUUGGCAGACGAACCAUGCGAAGCAGUCUGAGCAUGACAAUAUAGAUGCACCGGGUGCUCAUUAGCAGCCGAUUAUGGACAUUGUGUACAGGUUGAUAAUAGUACAGCAAAGCCUUCUGAGGAUGCUUAGCACGAUGGCCUCAAGAAGCAGUUUUGGACCUCCUGGAGGUUUUCCACUUGAGCUUUUGCUGAAAUAUGUGUCUGCAUUGUUGUGUGUCUAACAAGGAAAAUACUUGAGAGUUGGUAAAACUUUAUUGUUAAUUGUCAGAGUUAUUCGAGUUUCUAAGUUAAUUUUUCGUUGCUCUAUUUGUAGGUGCCUACUGAUUUUGAAGUUAAAAAAGAGAGAGAGGAUGUUCUGAACUAGAUUAACCCCUUUGAAUUAUUGUAUUGUCUCUUUCACUACAGGUUCUGCCCACAAUGCCAAUAUAUUAAUUUUUGCUUAUGCUAGUGUGAUUUUCAUGUCACGUAUUUAAGCCUUCUAUGGUGAAGUAAGAUGGUCUAAAAUGGCAACCAAUA